AUGGAUGAGGUGGAGAAUUUUGCAUGGAAACAGAGCAGUAAAAAGGUGCCGAGUCAAGCAAUGCGUGUUGUGCGAACAAUCGGGCAAGCAUUCGAAGUAUGCCAUAAAGUAGCGCAGGAGCAGAUGCAGGAGAAACACCCGGAAGAAACGGAGAGUGUCACGAACGUUAAGGGUAAAGGUAAGUCAGCCCGUAGUUGA